GUUCUUGAAAAUCCGUCCAGUUCCGUUGUAGGUGGAAAACGAGAUGAAAUGUCGUCAUUUUACUCUGACGCGCCGUCUUUCCAACAACAUUCCACUCAAUGUUCCACUGGUCCGACUUAUGCUGCCGGGGACUUGGAAGAGCAGUUUGAGACCAUUGGGCCGGAUCCAGGUCAAAUCAACCGCUCCGGAUUCGCACGCACCGGAGACACAGUAAUGUCAUCGUCUGUGUCUACUGGUCAGGCAGCUACGGACGAAGAACAAGCAGAGGAUCAACAGGAAUUUUUCUUCUCCCUUCUACUAAAUUCGCAAAGGAGGCGUAUGGAUGAGCAACGUUGCUGUUUGAAUAACGGUAACAGCAUGUCUAAUAAUGCCACUGUUACUACUGUGGCUAACGGUGUUCACCCAAUCAACUCAGUCGGUACAGCAGGACCGGCCAACACAUACCCUGCGUCAUCCUCAGUACCGUUGCAUUUGGACCAGGUCUCCGAAGAGGCGUUCUUUGAUCUGAUCGAAGGUGUACAGGGCGAUCGAAUGGAUGAUCAGCGAGCCAGCCUGCCCAUAUUUCCCGGACUUCGACCCGGUCCGGGACUGUCUUUAUGCGAGAACAAUUCUACCUCAAUUGGAGCUGCAGCCAACUCGGUCUCCGCCCUUUCGCGUGGAAACCCAGCAAGAGCAUCAACUGGGAGCAGUGGUGCUAGUGAUGGUCUCCCGGAACCGAUUGGUUCUCACGUACAAUCACGCACAUUCCACCCCGCGGGUUCCACGUCGACAGCCGCAACGAGCACAGAGUUCUGUGGUAGAAACAGCUCGGCGACUGGGAAUAACAGCAUGGCUCCACGGGAUUUAGACGAUGAAUUUCUCGAUAUGAUUUUUCGAUUACAGAGCUCCACGCGUAUCAACGACCAACGAAGCAAUCUUCCCGACCCUCUUUCACGUGCUAAUACUUGGGACGAGUCUUGUGCAUCGUCCGCCUCCGUUGUCAAUCGCUCGGGAUCCGAAACCACUCGUUUCUCCCUGCCCAGUUCUCUUGCAGCAUUAUCUCUAAGUGGGCGUAGCAACAACGGGGAUAGUGGAUCUAGUACCAUGACUGUAACUUCUGUGGGUACAGCCGCUGGUGCAGGAGGUGGUGCCGGAUCAUUCAAUCGCCCAAAUGCUCCAACCGUUCCCGACGAGGAUUUCUUUGCUCUCAUCCAGCGAGUUCAGUCCACCAGGCUGGAUGAGCAACGCUGUAAUCCACCGCCUGCUGUGGCUUUGUCCCGUGUGUCCGUCCAUUCAAAUCAGUUGCCCGAUUCCACCACUGUACAAAGUUGCUCUUCACCCACACUCUCUGCAUCCUCUACCGCGGCAUGCGGGGCUCCCGCGACUCUGCACAAAUCAUCGAGCCAUUCCUCCACUUCGCGUCGCCGUAGGGGCAGUUGGCGCCGUCUCUCAUCAAAUGCAAACCGGUAG